AUGUUGUCGUGUCUCAUGAACGGCCACGGUCAAGCAUCGAACAUUACAUGUGAUGCGCCUGACGCUAGUAAGCAAGCUCUAUUGUUCAGGUUCAUUAGCAUUAGGUUCAUCACAUGUGAAGUUGGACAUUUGACCUGGGCCUAAGCAUCCAUAGAAAAUUUAUUAUGAACGACCACUUCAGGUACUUUUUGGCAGGAAUAUUGGAUGGACACACGCAAAGAUUAAGCCAGCCACGAGGGUCAGUGAUUUAUGCCAAUUUUAGGGCACUAUUAUAGAUCACUAUUUUUAGUGUAGGUAUUUAAAGUAUAAGGAGUUACAAGGACCAUACGAAACCGGACCACCACAUUUGACAUACUUAAGACUAUUCACUAAGAAAUGUAACUACAUAUCUGUUUUUAGACCAUUUUCAGCACUGUUGAAGCUUAUUUGUGAUUUUAGUACAACAUAAGCUCUCUCUUUCAUAUAUGAUAACCGACGUAUCCUCUAAAGAAAACAAGACUGUUUUUUUUCUCCAGUAUUUGGUUCAGUGAAUGUAAUUAUUACAAUAAUGUAUGCUGUAGAGCGUUAAAUUAAAUUGCAUUUUUUACUAUCAGCCAAAGAACAGUUGAAAGUAUGUUACGCCCUUCAUCGACCACCCUCCGAACACCUAAACCAUGCAAACUAAUGUAUACCCCUAUACUCACCGUAACUUUGGAAAUCUUAAUGAAUUACUAUAGAAGCAAACUGCCUUUACGAUAACUAUGAAUUCAGAUACGCAUGAAAAAGAAAGGACAACAAAAAAAACAAUACUCGUUGCCCAGGGUUCUCAUUAAGUGCAGGCAGCCGGCUAAAAAACCGGCUACUUAGAAGUCUGAGCUUUCUACUUAUGGGGGAAAAUGGGUAAAGCUUCAAAUUGCACUUCAGGCACUCAGUUAACUGCCAAGCCGUCUACCUUAACAUCCUAGCUAUCUACUUUAAAACCUAAUAAGAACCCUGAUAAUUGCUUUGGAUUGAAUGAAAGGUUUGUUGUCGGGUAUGCAGGUUCAGCUUUCCAGUAACCAUCUUUAACUGAGUUGCUAGUUACGGGCGUGAACCAGGAAGGCCCGCGCGCGAAGCUUCGCUUUAAUUUUAUCUCAGUUACUAAGUGAGCCCUCUCGAUGAGGUUUGUUACUCUUAGAAAAGACUUCUCCUGCAUAAUAUGUUAAAAAAAUAAAUAAUUGGAAAGAAGUACUCCGGCCGGGAGUCGGCCCCGCAGCUCAUGCAUUCAUGUGUAGUGUGUAGAUGCUCGCUUUAUGACGAAUGUUACUCCCCUUUUGUCCGUAUUUUUUUCAAUGUUCAUGCUAUACGAGUUGCCCCGACUUGACUAUUUGACUCUAAUAAUAGGAGAACGAGUAGCCUAAUUGUCUUAAUAUAGAUGCCAACUGCCAUACUAUCUUCGAUUCUAUACCAAAUUUUGAUAAAAAUAUUCACGGAAGCAUCGUUUGUUUUCACGAAUUAAAACAGCUGUCUUAUCUGAUUCAUCAGUUAAAAUAUUCAUUCCGUAUUUUGUGGCCGCUCUUUUUUUAAAAAGUAUAUUAAUCAUUUAAUUUAUACACGUCUUAAUCAGAAGCUUCUCAAAAAUCAUCUGUUAAAGAAGUUGCGGCUCUGUUUUAAUAUUUUUGCAAAACUCGGUCACUGCCGUUAAUUAGUCACUGGGGAGUUUAAGCAACAACGACAGCGACGGCAACGAGAUCGGCAAAAAAGCAAUAGGUUUAGAUUGGCAAAACAACAACUUUGCACGUGCUACACGCUUUUUUGUACAUUUCAGUGCCGUCGGAGCACGACUACAACUGAUGUGAAAGUGCCUUAUUUCACGUUUUGUCGAGGACGUGAACACAGGACAACGUCUUUCUUUUUCUAUUCCUGAACUUUGAUACAGUCUUUUAGAAUUCAACUCUAGAAAAAUUUGCCACCAUUUGACGAAUUGAAGGAGAUGGAAUAUGCCCGAUAAAGAUUGAAGCAGCGCGAAUUCACUUUUGAGUGACGUUUUUGUAACUGUCGCCCGUCGUUGUUGCUUACUAAGCUGCCUAGAUCGACCACGCUAUAUAGGUGAGUACGGUAGCCAACCUGCAGGAACUCGUGAUGCUUAUAAUGUCAGGUCACUGACCACUGGGUUUAUGAUAUAAUUAAUGCUUAUAUUUAGAAGGAAAACUGUAUUACGUUCUAUGCAUGCGAUAACAACAUUUCACUGCUAAGUCUAGAAACAGGCGCAUAAAAAUAAGAUUAAAAACAAAACUUCGGACCUUGUAGCUAUAUUAUUUCAGAGCUUUUCCGGGUUUUAUCAUUAACGUGCCGUUUAAGAAAAGAAGAUUCUAUAGGAAAGGAAGAAGACGAUGUCUUUAAGAUAGGAUCGCAGAAAUGAAAUCUUAAUAUCAGAGGUUUGAGAAUCAUUGUUUGCCUUAUAUUUUCUUUGUUUUCUUUUGACACUUGUAUAUUAAACAUCUAGUUUGUUUUGCUUCAUCGCGAAUAGCGGCGUGAAAUGGAAUACACGCAUGACGAACAAUGGUUAAUUUUCGGGCCAUUAGUUUUCAAUCGCUAGCCACCCCACCACUCUGCAUUGUCAUAUUCGUUAUUCUGACAAACGACUUGAGUUUAGUCACAGUUAACACACAAAUGCUCCCAUAUUGUUCUCAAGUUGAUCCAGAGCUGGGCUUGUGCAAUAUAUUGAUUUGGUUAUUAGAAUUUACGGCCUCCACGUUGCCUUUUUAAGGGUUAGAAUCCUUUAAUCUGCAUGUUCAAGAAGAGUCUUUAACUUGCAUGUAACUAAUUUAAAUUGGACAAACUUUUGUUCUUGCUCACAUAGUGAUAUUUUUUAUGCACGUUUACGUAAAUUGUGGCGACAGCGUGUCCAUGUAUUGAUCGAUAUUUCAUGACAAAAUCUCUUUAGAUUGAGUGUUUUUCACAACCCUUGCGAUUCAGUUGUCACUGUAAUGUAAGUAACCACGCGAUCAUGCAACCAUAGAACGUGUUCUUUUAACUUUUUAAGUGUACUUAUUGCUCCAGAGAAUAGCCGGCAAUUGGUGGAUGAAACGUAAGAUGUCUAUUGUUUUGUUAACAGAUAAUGUCAAAGUUUAAUCGUGUGGCAGUAAUGUGGCUUCUCGUCCUUAUUCUUCAACUGUUGAAGGCGCCAAUUGCUUCCUCGUCCAGUUGUCGAUAUAAAGGACAUAAGGAGGUGAUCUCAGUUCAAGGUGGCUACAACUGUAAACAGACGAGAGUCGAGCUGGGAAUGUGCGUAGGAACUUGUAAGUCAUAUGCAAUCCCUGUUCCCGCCGAAGACGACGGCAAUGAUCCAAGAUUUCAAACAGUAUGCGAAUGCUGUGCACCCAAAGAAGUCAGGCAAAAACCUGUUCGUUUUGGCGACGGAUGCGAGCAGUCGAUUGUUGUUUCUCAAAUCCGUUCCUGUGAGUGCAAAAACUGCUCCGGCUUGACGUGAUCAUGUUGAUCUUUAAAAACAUGUCAGAAGUUUCGUUUAUGCAUAUCUCAAGCUUGAGUGGAGACGAUGUGCAAAUGUAUAAUGGGGCGAUUCUAACUACAGCACCAAUCAUUACGCAAGGAUUUAGCAAUCAUAAAAUAGAAGCCAUGGUUAAACUCUAAGCUUACGACGAUAAAAAAAAACAUGAAGGGGGCAGUGCUCAGUUAAAGGAGAGUACGGUAGAGAUCAGAUUGAAUUUUAACAUGGAUUGUUGAAGGUGGAAUAAGACAGAAACGCUAAUUAACUUUAGUGUUAAGUGCUAUAUAAUUAUAUCUAUAUUUUGCAAAAGCUCAAUUGCUUGUAAACCAAAGUCUGCAAAGUGGCUAGAACAUUAUAACAGGACGUUUAAGCAACCACGAAGACGACAGCAACAGAGAACUUUGGAAACAAUUAUUGGUUCUAGGAGCAAAACAACACUGAUCUGAGCUUUUCGUGUGGAUCAAAUUUUUUGGAACAUUUCGUUGAAGUACACUCUCCCGCACUACUACAACGAACAACUUUCCGAUACGUGUCUUACGUAGCUGAAGACAAAGAAGUUUAUCUCCCUUUUUCAACUCUUAUGUUGACUACUGCCCUCAAGCAUUUUAUUUCCUCAAACUUAGAGGCCUUCCAUUGACAAAUUGAUGGAGGCAAAUAAAUGUCAUAGAAUUAAAAGGAACGCAAAAUGAUUUUUUAGUAACAUUUUCACUGCCGCUGUCGUCGUGAUUGCGUAUAAAGGUGCUCAGAUAUAAAACUUAAUGCGAUUCAGUGGAAAGAGCCUUCAUUAGAGUCUAACGAGUAGGCCAAACGUCGAACUUCUCAUGAGACGAGCCAAACUCUAAUUUGGGUCGUCUAUUGGGUCAGACGUCGAACUUACGAGGACGCUUCUAGCCAAUUAAAUGAAUCAGACAAAAAAGCUAUUUUAAUACAUUUUCUCCAGAACGAAGCUAAAUAUACGUCAUCAUACAAAUUUUUAAUUCAUUAGUUCAGCUCGUCGCAAGUGAAGAUCGACUAGUUUGUCCCGAAGACGAUCUUCCGACGUUCUAUCCGUCUGUAGAACGUGUUCAUCUGGACGAUCCAAACUGA